GGCCGCGUGGCGCAAGCGCAGUGCUUCCGGGUACCGCAGGCCGCCUCUGAUCGGCCUCCGCUCUCCUCUCCUCUCCUCCCGACUGUCGCUUUUGGGUUCCGUGUCCUUUUCGUGGUUCGUCGAUGUCCGAGGAGAAGGCCAGCAGCCCUUCAGGGAAGAUGGGAGGCGAGGAGAAGCCGGUAUGUGCUGGUGAGGAGAAGCGGAAGGAAGGAGGCAAGAAGAGCAAAGAAGGAUCUGGAGAUGGAGGUCGAGCAGAGUUGAAUCCUUGGCCUGAAUAUAUUAACACGCGUCUUGAGAUGUAUAAUAAACUAAAAGCAGAGCAUGAUUCCAUUCUGGCAGAAAAGGCAGAGAAAGAUAGCAAGCCAAUUAAAGUCACUCUGCCCGAUGGUAAACAGGUCGAUGCAGAAUCCUGGAAAACUACAGCAUAUCAAAUUGCUUGUGGAAUUAGCCAAGGCCUGGCCGACAACACUGUUAUCGCUAAAGUGAAUAAAGCUGUUUGGGACCUAGACCGCCCUCUGGAGGAAGACUGUACCUUGGAGCUGCUCAAGUUUGAGGAUGAGGAAGCUCAAGCAGUAUAUUGGCAUUCAAGUGCUCACAUAAUGGGUGAAGCCAUGGAAAGAGUCUAUGGUGGAUGUUUAUGUUAUGGUCCACCAAUAGAAAAUGGAUUCUAUUAUGACAUGUACCUUGAUGAAGGGGGUGUGUCCAGCAAUGAUUUCUCUUCUUUGGAGGGUUUAUGUAAGAAAAUCAUUAAAGAAAAACAAGCUUUUGAAAGAUUGGAAGUUAAGAAGGAAACUUUAUUGGAAAUGUUUAAGUACAACAAGUUCAAAUGCCGGAUAUUGAAUGAAAAAGUGAAUACUCCAACUACCACAGUCUAUAGGUGUGGCCCCUUGAUAGAUCUCUGCCGGGGUCCUCAUGUGAGACACACCGGCAAAAUUAAGACUUUGAAAAUACAUAAAAAUUCCUCCACAUACUGGGAAGGCAAAGCAGACAUGGAGACUCUGCAGAGAAUUUAUGGCAUUUCAUUCCCAGAUCCUAAAAUGUUGAAAGAAUGGGAGAAGUUCCAAGAGGAAGCCAAAAACCGAGAUCAUAGGAAAAUUGGGAGGGACCAAGAACUGUAUUUCUUCCAUGAACUCAGCCCUGGAAGUUGCUUUUUCCUGCCGAAGGGAGCGUACAUUUAUAAUACACUUAUUGAAUUCAUCAGGAGCGAGUAUAGGAAACGAGGAUUCCAGGAGGUGGUCACUCCAAACAUCUACAACAGCCGACUCUGGAUGACCUCAGGCCACUGGCAGCACUACAGUGAGAACAUGUUCUCCUUUGAGGUGGAGAAGGAGCUGUUUGCUCUGAAACCCAUGAACUGCCCAGGACACUGUCUUAUGUUUGAUCAUCGGCCAAGAUCCUGGCGAGAGUUGCCUCUGCGGAUGGCCGAUUUUGGGGUACUCCAUAGGAAUGAGCUGUCGGGAGCGCUCACAGGACUCACGCGGGUACGAAGAUUCCAGCAGGAUGAUGCUCACAUCUUCUGUGCCAUUGAGCAGAUUGAGGACGAAAUAAAAGGUUGUUUGGACUUUCUGCGUACAGUAUAUAGCGUGUUUGGAUUUUCUUUUAAACUGAACCUGUCUACUCGCCCGGAAAAAUUCCUUGGAGAUAUUGAAGUAUGGAAUCAAGCUGAGAAACAACUUGAAAACAGUCUGAAUGAAUUUGGCGAAAAGUGGGUAUUAAACCCUGGAGAUGGAGCUUUCUAUGGUCCAAAGAUUGACAUACAGAUUAAAGAUGCAAUUGGUCGGUACCACCAGUGUGCAACAAUCCAGUUGGAUUUUCAGUUACCCAUCAGAUUUAAUCUUACUUUUGUAAGCCAUGAUGGUGAUGAUAAGAAAAGGCCAGUGAUUGUCCAUAGAGCCAUCUUGGGGUCAGUGGAAAGAAUGAUUGCUAUCCUCACUGAAAACUAUGGAGGAAAAUGGCCCUUCUGGCUGUCUCCUCGCCAAGUAAUGGUAGUUCCAGUGGGACCAACAUGUGAUGAAUAUGCCCAAAAGGUCCGGCAGCAGUUCCAUGAUGCUAAAUUCAUGGUGGACGUUGAUCUGGACCCGGGCUGUACGUUAAAUAAGAAGAUCAGAAACGCACAGUUAGCGCAAUAUAACUUCAUCCUAGUUGUCGGUGAAAAAGAGAAAACCAGCGGCACUGUUAAUAUCCGUACGCGAGACAACAAGGUACAUGGAGAACGUACUCUCUCUGAAACCAUCGAGCGGCUACAGCAGCUCAAGCAGUCCCGCAGCAAACAGGCAGAGGAAGAAUUUUAACCACAAACUUUGCCGGAUUGGCUUAGUAGAAAAGCAUGAACGAUGUUUCCCUAACAGUAACUUUGUACUCGGAAAACAUCCAUUUAUACCGAACCGCAAAGUUUGGUAGAGGCUGCGUAGGUGACUGCAGGAUCAGCCUUUUUAACCUAGACAGGUUUUAGACAAUGUGUUAUUUGAAAGAGGUAAUUAAAAGAGACACAGUAAAAUGAUUUUAUUCAUUAAAUAUCUGAGCACUGGAAAUAAAACAUGAGGAACGCUUUCAUGUAAUGUGGGAAAAUGUUUUUGUAAAUUUAAUGCAGUUGAAAAAUAAAAUUUUUCAGAUUUGGUUAAGGUAAAAGAAAGAUUAGCAUUGGAUUAUGGUGUAAAAAUAAAAACUUCCAUUCACAAAA